UAAAAAUAAAGAUUUGCUAAAAGCCCACAUUUUGCUUGUAACGGUUACAUAACUGGUACAUUACACAAUUGAGAAAAAAUGUAGUCCAUAUGCAAGCGAACACAAGGAUGCAUGUAAGUUGUUUGACUGUGCAGAGGCAGUCAUGGGUGAGCGGUUAGGGCGUCAGACUUGCAUCCCAGAGGUUGCCGGUUCAACUCCCGACCCGCCAGGUUGGUGGGGGGAGUAAUCAACCAGUGCUCUCCCCCAUCCUCCUCCAUGACUGAGGUACCCUGAGCAUGGUACCGUCCCACCGCACUGCUCCCCAUGGGGCUGCCCCUUUGCACGGGUGAGGCAUAAAUGCAAUUUCGUUGUGUGCAGUGUGCAGUGUUCACUUGUGUGCUGUGGAGUGCUGUGUCACAAUGACAAUGGGAGUUGGAGUUUCCCAAUGGGCUUUCACUUCACUUUCAGAGUAAUAUGGCUACUUGUGAUCUUGUAGUCAAUUCGUUGUGAUUUUUACAUAAUGCAGAUGGUUAUGACCUGAGGAAAGUGAAAGCACUCCAUUCUUAAAAUGUCUUUAAGAUAGUAGUGAAUGAAAUAUGAAGCUCUUCUUUGGUGGACUUUAUGAUAAUGGCUUCAUAUAAUAUACAGUAUAAUAGGCCUAUCUGUAAAUUCAGGUGUAGAGAAUUCUGUGUUAAGUUAUGGAUAUGAUUUCUUAAAAAAAAAAAAAGAAAACUUUUUUAAAAAUGCACGUUACACAGAAUCACAACUUUAAAGAGGAGACAUGUGGUUACUGACAGAUGUUCUUGUUAUUUUUCCUCUUCCUUCCCAGAGCGUGAUGCUGCAGAUUGCUGCUCAGCGAUUGGAAGAUGAGGCAGCUGAUAUCGCCGCUUCCAGGGAGCAGCACUUGAGCGACAACUGUGGUGACUUCUCUCUCCCCAGCACUGUGGAGGAGCUGCAGAAACUGUGCAAAGAGUACCACUCGAAGUGCGACAAAGUUGAUGAGGACAGAUAUGACGCAGAGGCUAAAGUAACCAAGAAUGACAAAGAGAUUGAUGAGCUCAAGUUCAAGGUCAAGGAAAUGAAGGGUAUGAAGAAGCCAGCUCUGAAGAAAGUGCGUAUGUCCGCUGACCAGAUGCUUCAGGCUCUGCUGGGCUCCAAACACAAGGUCACUAUGGAUCUGAGGAGCAACCUGAAGCAGGUCAAGAAGGAGGUCAAGGUUGAGGAGGCUUCUGACUGGCGUGCAAACAUUGAGGACAAGAAGGACAGGAAGAAGAUGUUUGAGGGCGCUGAGGCGUAAAUUAACGAGAUUUGUGGAGACACCGACAACUGUAGGAGCACCAAGAACAAGGCUGGUACCUGGAACAUCAAGCAGGAGGAUGGUUGACUUGGAAUUUAAGAGGGAUUUCACUGGAUUUUUUUUUCUUUUUUUCACUCCAUUUUCAAGAGAUCUGGAAACAUCCCUCUUAGCCUUUGGACACUGAGGAGUCACAUAUUUUGCAGUGCAAUUAUUACAAGUAAUCUUUGUAUUUGUAUAUUUCUGACAUAUUACAAUCAUUCAAUAAACAUUUCAAGGUAAUUGAUCUUCUUUGUUCCUUCUUUUCUCAACCAUUUGUUUGGUAUUGGAAUAAUUACUGUACAUCAGUGUAAUUAUACAGGACUGUAUGUCUACCCGCACAUGGGAAACAGAUAGCUUCAAAAUGGUUUAUUUCCAAGGAUGUGUUCAUCUGUUGUCAAAAACAAAAAUCCUGCAAUGGUGAGUUUCUUUACUUUUGUCCUAUUUUAAUCAAAACAUUCCAAAUAUAACUCAUUCUAAUGUUGAGUAAUAAAUAUCUUUUUGAAGUGUUGCCCCUCUAUUUCCAGUAUAGCCUAGCCUAGGUCUAUAGAAGCCACUA